UUGGUGCAGAAGAGCAUUCCCUACACAAAUGGAGGUGCAAUUGAACUCUUUAACACUCAAAGAUGCUUUACAUAGGAAAGUGAAGUACAGGAGAGAAAGAAACGCUGAAAUGUUCAAAUGGUGGUGUGGUAAAUAACUCCAAUGGGGAAAAAUGUCUGGUGAAACCCAGUUAUAGAGGGGUACCCAUCCACUGCUUGCUGGUCUGGUAUAAUUAUAAAAAUAGAAUAAAUGGUAACACAUGUAAUGUGGGAUAUCACAGCAAAUGAUAAACCAAACCAUGGACAUGUUACUGUCUGCGGUAUUAAACUAGCUGUAAAUAGACAGUCCAAGCAAAGAUACUAUGUAUAUUAAUCUCCUUUUAUGCGUCUAUUUCAAUGCCAAAUACAGCAUUGGUAUAUCUGACCAAAAUGUUGCACCUUCAAAAAAAUACUAAUUACUAAUACUUUCCCAGUCUUCAAUCCUCCACUUUUUGUGCUCUGGACAUGCAUUAUAUUUACAUUACAUUACAGUCAUUUAGCAGACGCACUUAUCCAGGGCAACGUAGAAUAAGGUGCCAAUCUGAACCAGGGACACAAGUGCAUUGAAGCCCAGAUGUGCACACUGUCACCUCAUCUUCCUGUUCUUGACAUUUCUGUAUUAUUAAUGUAUAAUUCAAUUAUACUCAUAUUUUGAGAUACUGGAUUUGUGUACUGUAUGCUGUAAUUAUCAAGAUUAAAACAAAAACAGCUUUAAAUAUUUCACUUUAUGUGUAACAAAUCUAGAAUAUCUGAAAAUAUAUGCUUGUGAACACAAACACCAUGCUCUGCCAACCAGUGAAUCAUGUCGCUGCAACUCAAUAUUAUAAAAUUAUGGAAAUUUUCCACAAUAUUCAAAUUUUUUGAGAUGCACCUGUACUCUUCAACAUUAUAUGGGGAUGGAUAUCUAGGGGUCAAAAACCUCUCUGAAAUGGAAUUAAAUUAUUUUUGUCCAAUAUAAAAAUACAUUUGCCCCCUAUGAUGGUUUAAGAUGAAAACAUUGAUAUACUAAAAAGUAAUGAAAAAGCAUGACAAGCUGUGGUACACACACUAAAUAUGUAAUCAUUCACUCUUGUAACACAAUAAACACCAUGUUUGGUGUACUCUGCAGAAUGUUAUCUUUUGUUGUAUGCCCUGGAAUUACAUUUUAGUAUGUAUAAGUAUAGCCCAUGGAGAUACUAACACCCCAUAGUCUACAUUGUGUAUGAUACGAUUACAGUAAAAUAGUACCCUACCAUCAGGAAAAUGCUGGCAAUAUCGAAGCUUCACAGCAAAAUUAGUGCAUCAAACAUGACACAUGACUGAGCCACUUUCCCACACCCAUGUGGCCACUGUUCCCGAUGCUAACAUACCAAGAGACUCAACAUUUUCGGCAAAUAUCCAGUGCUGUUCUCCAACAGCUCCUAGCAUCCAGCUACCUGCCUGUUAGACCCCACCCCUCUUGCCCUUCAGUCCUGUAAAACUGAUUGUGUCCUCAGUGAAUUAAGCAGGCCUGAGUCACACCCUUACUUAAAAAGGCAGCCAUAGCCUUAUCCAAAACUACUAACCGGAAUCUCUCCUCCCUUUCCUCUUGGAAACUACUACAGUCGUAUCCAUUGACUGAAAGCAGCCUCCUCGACUCUAAUCAGUCAGCCUUUAAGGAUAGCCCCUCAAUGGAGAUGCGAACUAGAAACUUGUCUGUACAAACUGAAUCUUGGUUCUGCAAACCUUGAUCCUUGUGCUUUUAUUCUGGGUUAAAAACCCCUAAUCCCACUUAUCACACUCUGUAACCUUAAGUAUAUACACUAUACCCUCAAAUCAAUUUGAUAUAAAGGACUACGUUGUCAAUUUCCUUCUUUGUAUGGCGCUUAAUAUUUGGUUGUUAGAAAAGUAAACAAAUGUUAAUGUUUGUACUUGUCAACAGCAUGAAUACACACUUGAUGCUUCAUGGGGUUUUUGUCGUUGCAACACAUUAAAACAGCAAUGUAUUUAUUUUGUUUGUUGAUCUAGUCCUCAUAUACCUGAUGGCUAUGAUGUAAUGUUGCUUAUGUAGCAUUUAUAACAGCCUCACCCAUACCUGCCAUAUGAUAUGACUAGUUUUUUUAUGGUUUAAGAAAAGAGGGAGGGAAAGCAACUGAAUAAGAUAUUACUAAUGGAGCAGUUAUUCUAAGUUUAUUUAGAUAAAUGAACAUUACUGGGAUAAAUAAAUCACUCAAAACAACCUUUAAACUUAUGCAUUUAGUGCAGUCAAACACAUUUUCUUGUGCAAAUGUUUGGAGCCUGCAUGUUUAUAGUUCUUGUAUUAACUUAAUACAGGCAUCAUCUAUGGCCUGAACAUUGACUGGUGUUCCAGUUUCACCUGUUUAAUGGGGCUAAAGUCUGAAUGAGGUGGGGCAGAACUUCAAGCAAGCUGUAUUGUCUGGCAAGUUCUCAAACUGCAGCUUUUCUUUUACUUUAGCAGCAACGAGUACGUUUUUCAGGAUUACAUUUUUGAUAUCAAGUUUUGGAAAAUGAAACUCAUUAUCCUUGAUGAAUAUGACAAGGCAAGCGAAUGGGCAGCGAAAUACAUCAGGAACAGAAUCCUUCUGUUUAAUCCAGGGCCGGACAGACUCUUUACUUUAGGUCUCCCCACAGGAAGUACACCACUAGGAUGCUAUAAGAAACUGAUUGAGUUCUUUAAAAAUGGCGAGAUCUCCUUUAAGUAUGUAAAGACCUUCAACAUGGAUGAGUAUGUGGGAAUUCCCAGAGAUCAUCCAGAAAGUUAUCAUUCAUUUAUGUGGAAUAACUUCUUCAAGCACAUCGAUAUCCGCGCAGAGAACACCCACAUUCUGGACGGCAACGCUGCUGAUCUAGAGGCAGAGUGCCGGGAUUUUGAAAGCAAGAUCAAAGCUGCCGGAGGCAUCCAGCUUUUUGUCGGAGGUAUUGGACCUGAUGGCCACAUUGCCUUCAAUGAACCGGGCUCCAGUCUGGUGUCUCGAACCCGGGUAAAGACAUUAGCCCUGGAGACCAUCCUGGCCAAUGCUCGGUUCUUUGAUGGCGACCUCUCCAAAGUCCCCACCAUGGCCCUCACUGUGGGGGUGGGCACCGUCCUGGAUGCCAAGGAGGUGUUGAUCCUCAUCACGGGAGCGCAUAAGGCAUUCGCCCUCUACAAAGCCAUUGAAGAAGGCGUGAAUCACAUGUGGACGGUGUCGGCGUUCCAGCAGCACCCGCAGACUAUCUUUGUGUGUGACGAGGAUGCCACCCUGGAGCUACGUGUGAAAACUGUCAAGUACUUCAAAGGAAUGAUGUCGAUGCACAAUAAACUGGUGGAACCCCUCCAAACAACAGAGAAGUCUCAGAAACCAUAGUGACUGAAAUGGAUACAGUUUGCGACACCCAUUAUGAACAGUACUAAAUGUUCUGAAAAUAAGAGAGUAAUUAUUAUAAUUCAGAAUUUGCUCACAUCAAAACACCAUAUGCCUUUUUAUCGUUUGCCAUGGUCAUUGAGGCCGUACCAAUUUUUGAUGGCAUGUCAUCUAUUAAAAUAAUCUGUGACAUGUUGUAACAUACUAGGCAGAAAAUAUAAAGGCUUCAGAUGGAAAGCAUGUUAUUAAGUAAUCAUUGACAAAGUUUAUCUCCACAAGUAUGCACUAUGAAAAAUAAAAGUAAUACUUGAGACUGCUGAUGUAGGUUUGCCUUUGUUAAUAUGUAGCAAGUCAGUGGUCUGGUCCUGGAGUCUUCAUAAUAGAGCUUAGCUCAGUCUCAAAUUAUUUUGCUGCCCUGUUUUUCUGGCACUGAUACCGAUACCAAAGAAGAGUAAAAAUUUUCAUUAAUUUUCUUUUCCUGGUAUAAAUGUUGCAUACAGAUUUCAUAGCUAUCACAAAGCAUAACAUCCCAUGUAUUUGAAACAUUUACAGAUAGAUAUGCAUUUAACUGCUGUGUAAUUAUCCAAUGAAUACAACAGUUAAGCAAUGACUGGCAAAAAAAGGGAAAAUAAGCACAAAAAUGGAAAAGCGCAUUUAUUAUAUGAAUGAUUUCUCAUCUUAACUGCGUUAUAAGCGAUUACAAUAAACUUACCAUUUUUCCUGUACAAUAGCAUUAACAUCAUAUCUAUCGGAGUACAAAUGUGAAGGUUUUUAAAAGUACCACACACACACAAAAAAAAAAACUUAUAUUCCAACAUUUGAUCUACUGGGUGAAAAGAUAGACAAUUACUACAGAGGAGAUAUAAUACAGAAUAAAAAACUAUUUCUUUUUUUUUACUAAUAGACUUCGUUCUUUACACUGGAAUACAUUUACAUAAUUGAAAUACAAGCAAAAGAAAAGCAUAUGCCAGUGAAUACUUAUUUGCCCUUAAUGAUCACUUAAUUGCAUGUAUUUUAUAAUCUAUAAAAUCAUUUUUAUCCACUUUAGGGUAGUGCAAAUUUUCAGGCUCUAAUUAACUGAUUACUUUCACACACAGUAUACUUUUUUAGGGAUUGGCUGAUUUUCAGUUAUUACAAGAAAAACAAGUUACAACAAUGAAAAAAAAAAAAAAAAAAAACCCAACAAAUUCAUUAUUGAUAAUGAUGAGCUUUACCUUCUGUUUAUCGGCUUUGGUCAUUGUUGUUCCGUGAUAUAUAAAAUAAAUAAAAAUUAUAUGUAAAA